AACGCGCCGCUUGCUGGAAUCGACGCGAGUCAUAUUAUAUGUUCAAUUGAAUCAUCAUGGCAGCGGUCGAACCGGAAACAUUCUUAGAAUACUUAAUAAUUGAGUACCGAUGGCUUCUCGUGAUCACCAUGCUAAUGCCUCUUUCGUUCCUGUGGAAUAUCUGGUCAGCCUGCAGAAACUAUGUUGUAUUCACACUGAACAGCGCACCAAAAGCUCAUGAGAGAAAAGUCAAAGAUGUUCAGAGGCAGGUAAAAGAUUGGUUAUCCGGUGACCGCAGCACUCAGCUAUGCACAGGACGACCAACUUGGCAGACAAUGUCCUUUCGCCAGGCCAUUUACAAGAAAAUGUUUACCAACAUACAAAUCAAUCUCGUUGACGUGCUAGAAGUUGAUACUAAGAACAUGACAGUUCGCUGCGAACCAUUGGUGACUAUGGGUCAGCUCUCUAAAACUCUAGACCGUCUCGGUCUUGCGCUAGCCGUGCUUCCGGAGUUAGACCAGUUGACAGUGGGGGGAUUAGUAAUGGGCACAGGAGUGGAGACUUCUUCGCAUAUAUAUGGACUCUUCCAGCAUAUAUGUUUGCAAUAUGAACUAGUGCUUGCUGAUGGAUCUGUUGUGACUUGUAGUAAGGAAGAAAACCCAGAACUAUUUUACGCAGUUCCAUGGUCAUAUGGAACUUUAGGAUUCUUAACGUCUGUCGUCAUUAAAGUUGUUCCAGCUAAAAAGUAUGUCCGUAUUGAGUAUCAUCCGUAUACAAACUUAUCAGAUCUUGCGAAGCGAUUCCAAGAAGUUUCAGUGAAGAAAACACAUCAGUUUAUCGAAGCUUUGCUUUAUACGAAAGAUAGCGGUGUGGUGAUGACUGGUGACAUGGUGGAUGAAGUGGGAAGCGAUGGAAAGUUUAAUCCAAUUGGAAAAUGGUACGCUGAGUGGUUUUUCAAACAAGUGGAGAGGUAUCUUAAUGAAUAUCGUCGAGGAAGUAAGAAAACCAUUGUGGAAUAUAUCCCAUUACGAGAUUAUUACCACCGACACACCCGUAGUUUCUUUUGGGAAUUACAGGAUAUUAUACCAUUCGGUAACAACGUUAUAUUCCGUUACCUGUUCGGUUGGUUGAUGCCUCCUGAAGUUUCUCUGCUCAAGCUGACGCAACCAGAGGCAGUCACCAAACUUUACAACAAGGCUCACGUCAUCCAAGACAUGUUGGUGCCAAUUGAAACCUUGGAAGAAGCUAUAGAUGUAUUUCAUAAGGAAUUUGAGGUAUAUCCCAUUUGGCUGUGUCCAUUCAAAGUAUUCAACAAUCCAGGACAGUUGAAGGUCCAUUCUGGUGAGUGGCAGAUGUUUGUGGAUAUUGGUGUCUAUGGUGUUCCAAAGGCUAAAGGAUUCGAAACAGUAUCAUCAACUCGGCGGAUAGAACAAUUCGUAACACAAAAGCGUGGUUUCCAAAUGCUCUACGCGGACACGUACACUACUCGUGAAGAAUUUAGACAAAUGUUUGACCACACGCUGUAUGACAAGAUGCGGAACACCUUACCCUAUUGUAAGGAGGCCUUCCCGGAAAUAUAUGGAAAAGUUAAUAGACUAGUUAGAAAAUAGAUAUAGGAAUAAUACUGUAUAGUAUAAUUUUAUCAUCAUAAGAAUAGUCUUGAUAAAUCAAUAAGCAUGUUCAUU